AUGUCUACCCGUGCAGUCGCCCCUCCCAUCGCGACCACUCGCAAAAAGGAAUUUGAGGACCCAAAAGCCCGAGCCGCCUACGUCAAGAAAUUCCUCCCCACCGACGAUGCAGACGAUCCAUCAACCCCGCGAACCCGUUCCCGUUCCCGUCCCAUCCGCACAUUCGUCAAAAUUGGUUUUUACAAACUAAUACUCUGGGUUCUAUACUCCAUAACCUCGCUCUACUUCCGCGCACGAUUUGUCUAUAAUUUCAUAUUGAAUCGGUGGUUCUCGGUUCUAUACUACCAUCAUAAAACACCGGAGCUGAUACAGAAAGAUGUAAAACAACUGGACCGGUUACCGCAGCAUGUCAGCGUUAUUCUCGAAUUCGAGAAGGAAGGAGGUGUAGAACAACUGAUUGACCAUGUGGCCGAGAUCUCUUGUUGGUGUGCUAGUGCUGGAAUCCCAACUUUGUCGGUGUAUGAACAGACUGGCACCCUAAAGAAAUACAUCUCCACCUCCCACCGUAUCACCUCCCAACGUCUACACUCCUACUUUGGCAAAAAGCGUCCAACACUCCGAGUCCUCGCCCCGCACCUACCAUCCUACACCAACGGCGACACAGAAGAUCUUCCAGAAGGCGAAUCCCCAGAUCUAGAAGUAAUCUUCAUCUCCUCAGAAGAUGGCCGUGAAUCAAUCGUUGAUCUUACAAAGACCCUAUGCGAAAUGGCAAUUAGGGGUAAAAUGACCAAGGACGAUGUUACAGCCGAACUCAUCGAGGCGGAAUUAGAGAGUUUAACUAUCCCCGAGCCUGAUUUGUUGAUUUUGUUCAGUCCGAGUGUCAAGCUUUUGGGAUAUCCACCUUGGCAGAUUCGGUUGACGGAGAUUUUCCAUCUUCCGGAUAACGAUGCUGUUGGGUACCAGGUCUUCCUCCGUGCGCUUUACAACUACGCAAAGUGCGAGAUGAGGUUUGGAAGGUAA